AAUAUAGAACCGUGCCCUGAUUGGCUGAUCCGCAAUCACUCUCCAUCCCUAUAGAUGCUUGCUGCUGGUCACUGAAUUGAAACGCUGCACGCUUAUUCCCUCGCAACCAGCAUCUUCGCUUUGGCUGGAUAAAUAUUAGGCUACAUUCAUUCAGUGUUGGUGUUAUCAUAGGGGAGGAAGGCAAACAACAUGACCAUCAGAAAUGUACGGGAUCAUGGACAGAGGUUCCGACCGAGGAUGGCAUGUCUCAAAAAGGUGGAUGCUGUGAUGUUGGAGAUGCAGGAUCCAAAGACUGGAGUCAAGUCACAACCCCAGAAACUGGUUAUCACAACCAUACCACACGCUAUCACAGGUGAGGACGUCGUGGCAUGGCUAGCCAACCGUUACGCUAUAGAGGCAGAAGAGGCGUGGGCUCUGGGCACCAUGUUGGUGGCGUUUGGGUACAUCUACCCCCUCCAGGAUCAUAAACGACUAGUCAUUAAACCAGACACAACCCUCUACCGCUUUCAGACACCAUACUUUUGGCCGGCCCAGCAGUGGCCUGUAGAGGACACAGACUAUGCAAUCUACCUGGCCAAGAGAAACAUCCGCAAGAAAGGAGUACUGGAGAUGCAUGAACAGGAGCAGUAUAACAGCCUUCACAAGUGGAUGAACCAUAAAUGGGACUUCAUUGUGAUGCAGGCUAAAGAACAGUACAGGGCGGGGAAGGAGAGAAAGAAGCCGGAUCGUGCGGUGUUUGACUGUCAGGAGAGAGCCUACUGGGUUGUACACAGACCUCCGCCAGGGACCGUCAGUGCAAUGGAUUACGGACUGGAACGCAUGGUAGACCCCAAUGCAGAGGAGAAAGCAACUUCAGACUUCUUCAGAAGAAUUAUGAUUUUUACCCAGCAGUCCAUCAUGAGGCCGAGGGUCAAGUCGUCUGUGUCUAUCGGAGCUCUGGUGAAAUACUCCGUCACCUGUAGUAAGCACGACCCUUUCCUAGCCCCCUGUCUCCCUAGCAACCCCUGGGUCACUGAUGAUGUCACCUACUGGUUGCUCAACAUGGCCAAUGUGGAAAUUCCUACUAAGAUGCGUGUGGAGAGGUGGACCUUCAGUUUCGGGGAGCUGCUCUCUGAUCCUCGAGGCAGAGAUGACUUCAGACUCUUCCUCAAGAAGGAGUUCAGCGGUGAGAACCUGGCGUUCUGGGAGGCGUGUGAGGAUCUGAAGUGGGGAACGGCCGCUACCAUGAACGACAAGGCCCAGCAGGUCUACAAGACUUUCUUGGCGCGUGGCGCCCCCCGGUGGAUCAACAUUGACGGGAAGACCAUGGAAGUGACGGUUAAAGGGCUGAAACACCCUCACAGAUACGUACUGGACGCAGCUCAGACACACAUCUUCAUGCUGAUGAAGAAGGACUCUUAUGGGCGGUACCUGAAGUCUCCAGUGUUUAAGGACACUCAGAAGAGGGCCAUCGGUCCUGAUCAACACAUGUUCAGUGUGUCCCAGUUGGAGGCCAACGCGAGGAAGCGUCGUCCCAGCAUCAGUCCCAUCGUCGUCCGCCAGCAGGAGAAGGAGGAGAGAGCCAGGAUGGCCACCAGUGGACCUGUGGACAUCACACAGCUGUGUCGCUUUACAGCGCCCGUCCCCCACCUCGCGGUCUACUCUGGCCCCCCCUCUUCCUCCCCCGCCUCACCCCCUUGCUCCCUCCGUCUCCCCCACACCCCCGCCUGCCCUUCACCCAUCAGCGUAACCAUAGACAGCACCCCCGCCUCAGAACGCAGGUGGGAGGAAGGAGGACGAGGUGGGGUGGAGGGGGGAGAGGCGGGCCCUGGAGGCUGGGGGACAGCUGUCUCUUCUCGUUCACGUAUGGCUCUCUCAUUGGGCCGUCUGUUGAGGCGGGGCUGUACUUCCUCCACGGUAUUCGCCAGCCUGUCACCCAAAUGUCCCGCCCCCGCCGGGACCAGCAGCCGCGUUCAGCCUAUCGGCACGGAACAGCCCAGCCAAGCCCCGCCCAGACGCAUUGCCAAUUUUUUCCAGAUCAAGGUGGACAUCCCUCCAGAGUGUCGUAUCUACCCCAUCGACUCCGAGGAUGAGGAGGAGAGUGGGGGGGCGUCGAGAAGGGGAGGAGGUGGAGGAGGGCAGGUGAAGGAGAUCAUCUGUCCCUGGGAGAGUGUAACACCUCAUGAGGGGGCCGGGUAACAAACACACACGUGUUCACGCACAAAUUCACAACACACACGGAGAUGGACACACACGGACACACCUGAAUCCUUAACGUAAUCCUUAAUUUAACCAAACUGAUCGUUCUCUAGUACCUAUCAUUCAAUUCAUACAUCAAUGCUCAGCUCUGGACGUUCAUAAGUAGCAGAAGCUAGUCAAAGCUAGCUGAACAUUGCCCAUUGACAUCAACACAGCUCCUGAUUCUUUGAGUUCACACAACAUCUCUUAACAAUGUACAAUUUAUAUAUCUAUUCUAGUGAGUUAAACUCUGUUUAGUUUUCUGAUGUUAGGUCUACAGUGUGUCCGCCGUGCUGCUGCUCGGUAGAGUUUUGUGUGUGGCUUCUCUGCUGUUUGAUGUAGUGUUGUAGUACUCUAGUCCAGGACUCGGACUUGACUCAGGUCAUGACUCGUGACUCGACUCGGACUCGACCAGUGGUGACUCGGACUUGAACUUGACCAGUUGUAACGUUGUUGUCAGACAAUCUCUUUCUUUUGCAUAAUUCAACAAACAGCAAAUCUUAGAUAACUGUAUGGUCUAUUUAGCCUUACAAACGUGCAACACUGUAAUGAAAUUAAGCUUUAAAAUGUUUGGUCAGCAACUUUUAGCACUAUCAAGUGACUCGGACUCAAGGUUUACUGACUUGCCUACAUCACUGCCUGUGUCUUUAAGGGUUAAGUGAUGUUUUUCCAUAGUGUCUUUCCUAAUGGACAGUGCAAUGAGUUAACUGCCAGAAUGUAUUUUACCCUCUACCUUUAAUGUGUUUACAGAGACCAGAAUGUGAAAUGUGAACUGUAUUGUAUGACUUCUUGUGUAUGUGCCUCAAUAAAUGACUAAACAUGA